AUGCCUGGAGUGCACACACCUUAUGGGAUGAAUGGAUUUCCUUUAGAGACCACUGGUCCACAGGACAAUCUCUCAAACAGAUCCAGUCUUCCUCUCUCCCUUCCCCCCUUUCCCACGUCGUCGCCGCCGCCGGGUCCGGGGCAACGAGCAGAGGCGCCGCCCGCCGGGAAUGUGAGCGAGGAGUCGCCGGCGGAGCCGCAACGGGGCCUAGAGGCGCCGCCGCCGCGGAACCGGAGGGACGCCGCGCCGGACAGCCGUCGCCCCGGGCUCCCUGCCGCUGCCUCGACCUCCCCCUGCACGGCCCGGCCCUACUGCUCGCCCCCGCUGCGGUCCCUUCGCCCGGCUCCCGCCUCUCGAAACCACAGAUCAUCUUCGGAUUCUUCCCCAGAAGCUUCAAGGGCUAUGUCCUCAGCACCAACUACUCCUCCAUCAGUGGAUAAAGUAGACGGAUUUUCUCGGAAGUCCGUCAGAAAAGCCAGACAGAAGAGGUCGCAAAGUUCCUCACAGUUUAGGUCUCAAGGCAAACCUAUUGAGUUAACACCUUUGCCGCUGCUAAAAGACGUUCCAUCCUCAGAGCAGCCUGAACUGUUCCUAAAGAAACUUCAGCAGUGCUGUGUCAUUUUUGACUUCAUGGACACGCUAUCUGAUCUUAAAAUGAAAGAAUACAAGCGCUCCACUCUUAAUGAACUGGUGGACUACAUUUCAAUAAGCAGAGGCUGUUUGACAGAGCAGACUUACCCUGAAGUAGUUAGAAUGGUAUCUUGCAAUAUAUUCAGAACUCUCCCUCCUAGUGACAGCAAUGAAUUUGAUCCAGAAGAAGAUGAACCUACCCUUGAAGCAUCAUGGCCACACUUACAGCUUGUAUAUGAAUUUUUCAUACGGUUUUUGGAAAGCCAAGAAUUCCAACCCAGCAUUGCCAAAAAAUACAUAGAUCAGAAAUUUGUAUUACAGGUGGCAGAAAGGGCACUCUAUUAUUGGAAUAAUGAAUAUAUCAUGAGUUUGAUAGAAGAAAACUCUAACGUCAUCCUCCCCAUCAUGUUUUCCAGUCUUUAUAGGAUUUCGAAAGAACAUUGGAAUCCGGCUAUCGUGGCGUUAGUGUACAAUGUGUUGAAGGCAUUUAUGGAAAUGAACAGCACCAUGUUUGAUGAGCUGACAGCCACAUACAAGUCAGAUCGUCAGCGGUAA